AUGCCUGUUAUGGGGUCUGAAGAAAAUCCCACACAAUUCGAUAUUGAAGUUUCACAGUUUAAAAUUUGGGCUAGAUCUGAUUUGGAGCGAAAGGUGAAAGAGCUGCAAGAGGAAAAGAGCAUGCCAGAACCAUCACAGACUGAAAAGGCUGAACUCCAACAAACAGCAGCGACACAAGUUCUGGGUAAUAUUGAAGUGGAAAUUGGUUCUCUUAGAGAUAGACAGGGUGCAUCGCUUGAAGAAAUGUUGCCGAAUAUGCAGUUUAUGCCUUUGGUUUGUGAGCUGCCGAGUCUCAAAGAACUGCAUACCGUGCCGAUGGAGAAACUGAUUGACCUGGCCAUCCAUGGGAAGGGUAUUUAUACCGAUGAGUACUCAAAAUAUCUACAAGCUGAAAUUAUGGGAGAUCCUUAUCCAUCCUUAGGAAUUCUUAGUCUGGAGUACCCGUCGACUGGUAGUUUACCAAGCUUGGAAAAAAUGCAAUCUUCUCAAAUCUUCGACAAAUUUUAUGCUAAAGAUCUGGAUCCUCCAUCACAAGUUUCAAGACCAACUUUUGACUUGGGUUUAGGACCAAGUGAUCAAAAUGGAGAAGAGGUGCAGCAGCCUGCAAUUGAUCUAGGUGCACCUGAUCCACCUCAAAUCCAUCUUGCAGCUGCGCCUGCGCAUAAUGAAGCUCCAGUUGCUAGAGGAGCAUCAGAUCAAGCUCAAACGGAUCCCUCGGAUGAGCAAGCUCAAAUCGAUACUGCACCUACACUUAAUGAAGCCUCUGCAAUUGUUUUAGCUGCAGCUGAACAAGCUCGUUUGAAAGCUGAUCUUCAGCAACCUGAACAAGAAGGAACAAGGAAACCUUGGGAUCCCAUUCCAUUCAAUGAAGUAGAAAGGAAGAAGAAAAUGAAGAAUGACAGAAAGCAACAGCCUACUAAACAAUUAGAGAGUCUUAAGUAUCCAGUUUUAGAUGCUGAAAAGGAGAGGAAGCUCGACUGA